UGAUUUUGAAGAAAUUUAAACAUUAAGGUAUUCAAUUUUAGUAAUGGACUGCGAUGGCACGCGAUGAAGACAAUGGGUUUGCCGAUUGGGGCGGUUACUUUGAAGCGAAAAAGGCAAAGCUCGAGGAGCAAUUCGCGGCAGCUAGCGAUCCAUUUCGCAAGUCUAAUCUUUUUGAUGGAAUUUCAAUUUUCGUUAAUGGAUUGGUCAGUCCAUCAGCCGACGAGCUCAAGCGCAUUAUGAUGGUUCACGGUGGCACAUUUCAUCACUAUGAAAGAUCCCACACAAAUUUCAUCAUAGCGUCCAAUUUACCAGACGUUAAAGUGCGUAAAAUCGACACCAGCCGGAUAAUCAGCGCGCAAUGGGUUGUUGAUUGUGUUCAACAAAUGCGCAUUGUUGACUACAAGCCGUACUUGUUGUAUACCAAUCAAAAGACGACACAACCGCGACUUAAUUUUGGCAAAGGCAAGAGCAAUGAUUCCACUGCAUCGGAAGAAGCUGGAUCGUUGGAGAAUGUACUCAGUGACAUACCAGUUCAUCCAGAGACGGAAGAAGCGGGAUCGUUGGAGAAUGAGUUGGGUGGCAUACUCAAAGAGCUGCAGCAGGCUGUGGCCACUUCACCAGACAAAAACUCAGCUACGGUAACAAAUGUAUCCACUACAAAAAAUACCAGCAGUAGCGCUCGCACUGCCGUCGAUCCGGCGUUCCUCAGCGAGUUCUACAAAAACUCGCGCUUGCAUCAUAUUGCGACGCUUGGCUCCGGUUUCAAGCAAUAUGUUUGCGAUCUGCGACAGGCCCAUGGCGACAAAUCGUUCGUUAAACGAGCCGAACUACGUACACAACUGAGUGGCAUACAACAAAACAUCUCUCACCCGAAGACUCAAAAGCGUUAUGUGAUGCACAUAGAUAUGGAUUGUUUUUUUGUAUCUGUGGGUUUGCGAAAGCAUCCAGAGUUGCGAGGCUUGCCCAUUGCUGUGACACAUUCCAAGGGAGGCAACGCAGCUGCAGAUGUGCCAGUUCAUCCUCGAGCUGAUCGACAGGUAGAACAGGAGCUGUUUGCCCAACGUUUCGAGCACCUCUUGCACGACAACGUUCGUGCAGACAAAGUGCGUUAUGGUUUUGAGAAAAAGAUGUCGCUAUCGGAGAUUGCUUCCUGUAGUUACGAGGCUCGCGAAAAGGGCAUCAAGAAUGGUAUGUUUGUUGGCCAGGCUCUAAAGCUGUGCCCCGAACUGAAGACCAUUCCCUACGACUUUGAGGGCUAUCGUGAGGUGGCCUUUGCUCUAUACAAUACCGUAGCACAGUACACGCUCAAUAUCGAAGCCGUUAGCUGCGAUGAAAUGUUUGUGGAUCUCACAGACUUGCUGCACGAGCUGCAAGUUGAUGUCAUGACGUUUGUGACACAUCUACGUCAGGAAGUGCGUGAUGUAACUGGUUGCCCCUGUUCUGCUGGCGUGGGCGACAACAAACUUUUAGCUCGCAUGGCUACCAAGUUGGCCAAGCCUAAUGGACAGCAUCUGCUGGACACUGAUGAUGCUGCCAAGUAUAUGUCCACCUUUGCACUAGACAUUCUGCCCGGUGUGGGUAGCAGCAUGACCUAUAAACUCAACCAGGCGGGCUACCAUACUUGUGGCGAUGUUCAAAUGGCUUCGCUGGUGCGUCUGGAAAUGCUGCUGGGUAAAAAAAUGGCUUUAACACUACACCAAAAUUGUCGCGGCAUUGAUCUGCGUCCAUUAGUCUACGAACAGCAACGCAAAUCUGUGUCUGCUGAGGUCAACUACGGCAUACGGUUUACUAAGUACGAGGAGCUGGAGAAGUUUCUGCAACAGCUGAGCGUCGAGGUACACAGUCGCUUGAUUGAGAUCAAGCGCAAAACCAAAUCGAUUACGUUGAAGUUGAUGGUGCGUGCUGCCGAGGCGCCCGUUGAAGCGUCCAAGUUUAUGGGACACGGCGUCUGUGAUAAUCAGACAAAAUCUUCGCUGCUGAAGGAAAGCACAAACGACGUAGAAGUAAUUACUACUCAUGUACUAAAGCUUAUGAAAGAGUCCGGUUUUCCGCCACAUGAGCUGCGUGGUAUUGGCAUACACUUAAGCAAGCUGGAUGAUAUUUCCGAUACAAAAAAGGAGAAUGUCAUCAAGAAUAUGUUUGUCAAGAUGUCUGAGAAGCAAAAGGAAAAAACGGCUAACGGGGCAGCUUCUGUUCCAGCACCAGUAGAGAAUAAAGUAAAGUCGGUUAACGUGGACGUGCUCAGCAUGUUAAAGAGCGCUGCAAUCAGCAAGAAAGCAACUGAUGUAUUGGAAGUAUCAACAAUUCCCAAUGAGAAUGAAAUACUUGCGCCUACUACUACAGAGGCACGUAAGCAGGUGUUGGAAAAGAAAGCAAAACCACCUGAAAUCAAUGUUUUUAACAUGCUGAAGAAUGCCGCAACAGCUAAGAAGUCAACCGGUUUUCAGACCAUUCCAACGGGCGAGUCACUAAUAUCCAACGGAGUAACACCGCCAGCCAUAACACAGUUUGAUGCGGAUGUUCUGGCGCAGCUGCCGGAAGAGAUACGACGCGACAUACUCUGCUAUCCGGAGGAAUAUUUGCGCGUAACUAAGAGAGACGUACAUGACAAAUGGGGCAACCAAACCGACGAACACAAAGAACAUAACAAUAAGAAGAGGAAAUCGCGCUCACGUUCUAGUUCACGUUCACCAACGCCUCCACCACCGCCGCCAUCGAUGCGUAUUGCAAACUCUACUGCAAGUUCUUUGAAUGAAAGCGAUCUAAAGCCUUCCACUUCAAAGGCGGCCCUGGCCAAGCAGAAGGCGCGCACUUGUCGCGCCGACCAAAUUGUUGCUGAUUACGUCCAGGAGCUCCCACAGCACGUGCAUCCCGCCAUCAUGCAGUACCUCGCAUCCAACAAUACAAUAUCCCAAGUUCCACCUAUGCCGGAUGCUGUAGUGCCCGCUGCUAAUCCAGAUGCAAAGUCUGCGGAGGAUAUGAAUGUGUUUGUGGAUCCCAAUUAUAAAACUAUGCUUGCCACUUGGGUGAAGUCAGAGGAGGUGCCCAAACCGGCAGAUGUCGACCUCAUGUACAUGAACAUUUGCUAUCUGGUGGAAGAGAACAAAAUGGACAAAGUCUAUGAGGUUAUGAAGUACUUGUGCCGUCUCAUUAAGACUAAACGCGCCGGCAGCUGUCGCUGGCACAUGGCGUACAAUGAGAUUGAGUCGAACAUUCAGGAGAAAGUGCAUGAGAUAUUGGAUUGUCACAUCUAUUUCACAGAGGCAAUCGAUUGCUACAAGUGUGCCUAAGUCGGGUAUAAGAAGCAUAGCUUUAGACCCAAAGUACAAAUGUUGCUUAGCUGUAGUUUGUGUAUGCGCCACUUAAGUUAAUCUACUUGUUAAGUACGUAUUACUGAUGUUUUUUGUAAUAAGCUUUAUAUAUGCUUGUGUAUGGCAUGACUAAACCAAAAGCUGUUAGCGCCAGUUGCUUUUAUUGUUG